UAACAGUCAGAUGAAUCUCAAAUUAGAUACUAAUUGGUGUACAUGCAGGCGACAAUCGAUUAUGAAAAAUAGAAUCGAUAAUUGGAAUCGAACAGCCAAAAAAGAUCGACAAUCGAUUGUCGGCGACAAUCGUUUCAUUACUACCCCUUAGAUAUCUUAAUAUGUAAAACAUCUCUUCAACUUGGGCAGCAAAGGAAGUCACAUUGAUUAAAAUCAAAUCUACUUUUAAAAAUUUUAACAUAAAGCCCCCUUUCAGUGAAGAUAUCAAUAUAAAUUGACACACAAUGCAAUAUAUAUGGCCUUUCAUGGUGUUAAAAUAACAGCUUAGUGAAUAUUCCCCGGGUUUGCUAUGUGUGAUCAGUAAUUAUUCAUCAAACAUUCGCCUGUGUCACAGGAAAGCAGUGUAGUCGCGUUCUCCUCAGUGUUCAUCAGAACGAGUCCAGGCCACGCUUAACUGCAGCCAUAUAUAUACUGUGUUCAUCAGAACGAAUCCAGGCCACGCUUAACUGCACAGCCAUAUACUCACCUCUGUUCAUCAGAACGAGUCCAGGCCACGCUUAACUGCAGCCAUAUAUAUACUGUGUUCAUCAGAACGAAUCCAGGCCACGCUUAACUGCACAGCCAUAUACUCACCUCUGUUCAUCAGAACGAGUCCAGGCCACGCUUAACUGCAGCCAUAUAUAUACUGUGUUCAUCAGAACGAGUCCAGGCCACGCUUAACUGCAGCCAUAUAUAUACUGUGUUCAUCAGAACGAAUCCAGGCCACGCUUAACUGCACAGCCAUAUACUCACCUCUGUUCAUCAGAACGAGUCCAGGCCACGCUUAACUGCAGCCAUAUAUAUACUGUGUUCAUCAGAACGAGUCCAGGCCACGCUUAACUGCAGCCAUAUAUAUACUGUGUUCAUGACAGAACGAGUCCAGGCCACGCUUAACUGCAGCCAUAUAUAUACUGUGUUCAUCAGAACGAGUCCAGGCCAUGCGUUAAGCCUUAACUGCAGCCAUAUACUCAUUUCUGUGAUCAUGAGAACUGAAACAGCCUAAAAACUGAGAAAGGGGACAAUGGAAAUUGUUCAAAUUCUGGCUAUAGAUAGCUCAAUGUUUUAUCAAAAAUAUAGUGCGAUUCAUUACCAUGAUGCAUUUAGCAAUCCAUAAAUCUGAAAUGUUUUUCAGAGACAAGAAUCUCUCUCAGGUGACAUUGUAAUGAUAAGGUCAGAAACCUCAAUAUGUACAGAAGAAGAGAACGAUAUACCCGGAGUGGAACACUUGUUUUGAUGCUCAUAUUUAUGAUGGCAGAGUUAUCAACAUGAUCAUCAAUGAAAAGCCCAAUAACAUGCUGGCAGAAGUGACCAUCAGUGCCCGGGCCCUUGCAGACAAAUGCAAGGAUGGCAGUAUAUCGACAACAUGGCUGGAUUUGAAGCCCUCUGGUAGACUGCAGAUACAGAUUCGUUUUUUCUCAGAAAAUGAAGAGGUAGCUCCCGGAGCAUCGGUCAAGUCCAAAGAACAAAUUCCACAGUCAGAUUCUGAAAAAGGAGGAGGAAUCACAAGAAGGAGAGGUGCCAUUAAACAGCAGAAAGUUCAUGAGGUCAAAGGCCACCAGUUCAUUGCCAAAUUUUUUCGACAGCCAACUUAUUGUUCAUUCUGUAAUGAAUUUUUAUGGGGACUCAACAAACAAGGCUAUAUAUGUAAAAUCUGUAACUGUGCAGUCCAUAAGAAAUGCCAUGAGAAGAUUCUUGGACAGUGUCCAGGCAGUGCCAAGGACAGCAGAGAAACCAAGCUGAUGUCAGAAAGAUUCAACAUCAAUGUUCCCCACAGAUUUAAGGUUAACAAUUAUAUGUCACCGACCUUCUGUGAUCACUGUGGUACCUUGCUGUAUGGAUUGUUCAGACAGGGGCUCAAAUGUGAAGUGUGUGGAACAAAUUGUCACAAAAAAUGUGAGAAAUUCAUGCCUAACUUAUGUGGUGUUAAUCAAAAGAUGUUAGCAGAAGUUCUGUCACAAGUCAGGAAAGCUCCCUCCGUUAGUCAACGAAAGCAAGGCACAACUUCGAACAAUCAAGAAGAUAGUAGCUCUGAUGAUGAGGCUCAAGGAUAUGAACAAAUCUGGGAUAAAAAUGGACCCCCUCUCGAGCCCCCUGGCAGCAAGCCACCAGCAGCUCCAAGGAGAAAGUUUUCUCCCACCGAUUUCACUUUUCUCAAGGUUCUCGGCAAAGGAAGCUUCGGAAAGGUUAUGUUAGCAGAAUUGAAAGGUCGUGGAAAGUAUUACGCCGUUAAGGUUCUGAAGAAGGACGUAGUUUUAGAAGACGAUGAUGUAGAGUGCACAAUGAUAGAAAAACAAGUGUUGGCACUGGGCUGUCAACACGCAUACCUCACUCACCUACACAGCACUUUCACCACUCCAAGCCACCUUUUCUUUGUCAUGGAGUACCUGAAUGGUGGAGAUUUAAUGUUUCAUAUACAGCUUUCUGGAAAGUUUGACAUGGCUAGAGCUCAAUUCUAUGGUGCAGAAAUCUUGUUAGGAUUGCAGUUUUUACACACAAGAGGAAUUGUGUAUAGAGAUCUAAAAUUAGAUAAUGUACUAUUGGAUCGGGAGGGGCAUAUAAAGGUUGCCGAUUUUGGAAUGUGUAAACUGAAUGUGUUUGAUGAAAGAAAAGCAACUACAUUUUGUGGAACUCCAGAUUAUAUUGCUCCAGAGAUUCUGAAAGGCUGGAAGUACAAUCAGUCGGUUGAUUGGUGGUCAUAUGGAGUGUUGUUGUAUGAGAUGAUGAUUGGUCAAUCCCCUUUCCAUGGAGACGAUGAAGAUGACUUGUUCCAUUCUAUCAUGAAUGACACCCCUCACUACCCAAGAUGGCUUUCCAAGGAGGCAGCUUCAAUGCUCAGUUUGUUGUUCAUCCGUAACCCCAGAGAGAGGCUUGGCAUGCCUGACUGUGCUGCUGGUCCGAUCAGAUCCCAGGCAUUCUACAAAAAUAUAGACUGGGAUAGAAUGGAAUUGAAGCAGAUAGACCCACCUUUCAAACCCAAAAUCAAAUCUGAUCAUGACAUAUCAAAUUUUGACAAAGACUUCACGAUGGAGAAAGUGCAGCUCACUCCACCAGACAAAGAACUCCUGAAGACAAUGAAUCAAAAAGUCUUCAAUGGCUUUUCUUUUACAAGCACAGAGGCAGAUCAUUAGGAGUUUGGGACUCUAUGAGAUGAAUGUGAAAUAUCCGGAGAUGUGUCAUCAGAAAUCCCGGACACCAAGAACAAGACCUGUGAUCUGUAUGUAAAUGUCUCUUCUGUACAGUUUGGAGUUACAUAGAGUGUGUGCUGUUGUGCUGGGUUUUUGCAAGGGAUCAUGUCAGUGUUUGAAAAAUUAUGGGCCUAUAUAUUAAGGGACCAUCUCAUAAUAUGAAGGAAGGGCAAAUUUUUAUAACAUUCUCUGAGGUGUAAAUAAUUUCAUUUCUUUCCUGUCUGAAGAUCAGUAUUGACUACUAGUGGUGUAACAUUGCAAGAAUCGUCAUGCCAGUGGAUGAAAUAAUGGAAGUGUACAUAAAUUUUAUAUAUAUCAUGGCUCAUAUACGAUUUUCUUCGUAUUUUUUACUUUGUAGUGUAGAAAAUUGACCAAGCAGACAUUACUCAUAUUUACACUUUUCUACAAAAUGUGUGCCUUUCUUGAUUUUUCCAAAGUAAUUGUAUGUAUUUCCAUUUAUACCUUGCUGCAAGUAAAUAUCAGCCCUUCUAACUGCAUUUAUAAACAUGAUGUGAACUGGGUAUUAUCAUUGAAAGGCAAUUGUGAUAGGCAGUUGAGUCAAAGCAUUAGUUAAAAAAGUAUGUAGUAUCUUUCUUACAAUGCAUACAUACACAGAUGCUGGAGAGAGGGUGUAGAAGUAUGGAAGCAUCUCCAAAAAAAAAAAGUCAGAAUUCAAUGCAGUUCACCCAAAACUUGUCAGGUUGAAUUUUGCUUAUUAAGAUGGUCUAUAAAGACAAACACUCCCCCAUUUUAUAUUGCUCAAUUGUUCCUCUGUCAUAACUGUUUAUCUUUUGAUAGUAGCUGUAUUUUGAUUAAUUUCCAUCAAUGAAAUCCAUGUUUUAUAUUUUCUGUAUCCAAAGAGAGCUAUGUGUAUUGUGUGUGUGUUUUUUUUUAACCUGUGCAUGUAUUUAGAAACAUUGCAGAAUUUUGCUAUUGAUCAUACACACAUUGUUAUAAAUGUAAACUUUUGUUAUACACUUUGAAAGUGUACUUUAAGAUAUUUUUAUAGUAAUUGAGUAUUUUUGACAAAAGGAGGUAAAGAUUGUAAAGGAACAAAACACCCUUUAAAAACUUACAUGACGAGAUGCUAGCAUCGUUGUCUAUCUCACUUAUUGUAUGAAAUCAUGUGGAAGAAAUUUAUUUCAAUAUGUAGAUUGAUAUGUUUUUGAUUUAAAAAAAAAUUCUGGUAAAAUAUCUGAAAGUAUUGUGAUAGGUAUUUUGCUUGAAUUUGGCCAUGUUUCAUGAAUUCCUGCGUCUUCUAGUGCUUAAGAUUUUGUGGUUGUAUUGCAGGUUUAGUAAUGCAUUUACUGUAAAUGAAAACAAGAACAAAUAGUGAAAUACAUAGUGUCAAGGUCCAUUGCAUUGUAUCAGUUAUGAUGCUUGUAAUCAGACUCAGCUAAUACAUACUUUGAAAAUUGGGAACAAAUAGGUAUUAAACAUAUUUAUGUCACUACAUGUUACUGUCUGUCUGCUUUUGUAAUUCAAAAGUAUAUUUGUACACAUUUGUCAUUGAAUUUAUAUGAAGCCUCAGGAAUGAUUUGAUAAAUACAGACACUUGGCUCCGUGAGCAGAAACUGAGAAUAAACAGUCCAAAUUAACAAUAUGUAUAUUCCCCUGCCUUGUUUAAUCACAUGGACACUUUGACAUUUUGAAUCGGAUUUAAAAUCCAGUGAAACCUGUCUAAACAGGCAUGCACUGUAGAACAAAUUUGUCUUGUCUGAAAAGAAAGUGUAUCAGAAUAAACACUGUAAAAACACUACAAAUAUGAAAUUGAGAAUGGAAAUAGGGGCCGGAAUGAUCAGUGGGAUUGCACACCUGUCGGAUUAGACAGUUUUCACUGUAUCACAAAAUUAAUUUCGUAGACUUGUGAAUAUCCAUAUUUCAUUUAUAAUAUAAAGAUCAGUUUGAAAAUUUUAAUUCAGCACAUUCUCAGAUUAUGCUAAUGCAGCCAGGGAUUUUGUGCCUGCAAAGACAAUAUGUAGAUUAUAACGAAGACACUGUUAAUCAGCUCGAGAUAUCCCUGCAUACCCCUCUGAGUCUCCGGCUGAACUCAACCAUAUAUUGAUUAUUCAGGAGUGAAUGUUAUUCUCUUUUUCAUUUGUAAAUGUUGUUGCAAUACAUGUAAAUUUAUAAAAUACCUACAAUAAAAUUAACAAUUUAAUGUAUUUUGAACAUGAAUUUUACUUAGAAAUAUGUUUAACUUUACAUUCGAGUUUUCCCUGUAUUUGAUAUUUAUGCAUUGGCUAUAAUGUUGAGACUUGUGGAUGUUUUGCUUUAGUAAGAAAUGUGAUACAAGUUUUUCUCCUCUCUCAUACAUUAUGAUGUAGUCAAUGUUUUACACUAAUACACGUAUUAACUAACAAUACAUAAGGAGUCCAAUAAAGUUUAUGUUUAAA